AAAGAUUUGAGAUGCCUCGUUUCGAUUCAGUCAAGAAACUUGAAAGAGACGUCAUACAUUGGGGAAUAUGAAUAUCGACAACAUCAAGAAAAUAGUUGUGCUCAAAAACUCAAUGUAUUUUCUUCGGAUACCGUUUCUGUUCCCACGAGAAAGUGAAAUCAAUGAUCCCAAGAAAAAUGUUUAUAUCAAGUUCAUUCUGCUCAGUAUGACUACAAUAUAUUUGUCACUAGGAGCAGCAAUUCAUCUGGUAGUGAACAUACGAAGUGGUACUUACAUAAACGUCGAUCGAGACAUUGGAACUAUUAUUUCAUACCAUGGAGCACUUUACUUCGUAUUUCGAUUCUUGGGAAAUAUCAAAGAUAUUAUCAUACUAUAUAAACAGUUUUCAGAUUUCACUACUUAUGGAACACCAAACAACUUUGAAAGAAAAAACAAGCUCUUGAACAAAUUCUCCAAAUGGUACUUUGCCUGGCAUAUGUGCGUAGUAACAGGAAUGACAACUUCUACCCUUCUAACGGUUGAUGAGUGCAAAGCAGAAAAUAUUAUGAAAAACACAAAUGAAGUGUGUGGGCUAGUUGGUUCAACAUGGCUCCCAUUCGAAUUCGAUUAUUUUCCUCUAAAAACGAUCGUAUACGGUUAUCAGGUAUACUCUUCAUUCGUUGUAUAUCAUACAGCGGGAGUUCUCUCUUAUACAAUGAUGGAAACUGUGGAGCAUCUCAUUAUUCGUUUCGAACAUGUGGGAGACACUUUUGUAGAAGCCUUAGCUGAAGAGGAUCCUUCAGUCAGGAGAGAAAAGUUUUACUUGGCGGUUCAGUAUCACAAAACUGUAAUCCAAAUGGGGAAUCUGAUGAAUAGCUGUUUUGGACCUUGCAUGAUGGUCCACAUUAGUUUAACAGGUCCAGUUUUGGGGGUAGCUGGUUACAGAUUUCUUACGGAAAUUCCCCUGGAUUCAACAUCUCUCUUCUUUGGAUGGAUGUUCUCCACUUUUAUUGUUUGCCGGGGUGGACAACGGCUUUUAGAAGCGAGCAUGUCUGUUGGCAAUGCUAUCUACACAGUGGAAUGGUACAACCUGGAAAAUGACCUCCAGAAAGAUUUGAGGGUGGUUAUGAUGCGAUGUCAGAAACCGAUGUAUCUGAGGGCUGGCCCUUUUGGCCCCAUGACAUAUUCAACGAUUGUAGCGAUCCUGAAAACUUCUUACUCCUACAUAACGUUACUCAAACAAACGAUGUGAAUCAAAGUAGAAAAUCAUCAAGAUGAAAUUAUUGUUCACUAUUACCAUUACCAUUUCUAAUAGAAAAAUUAGUUUCCAUGUUUAAAAGAUAUGUAGAAAUGUAUCC